AUGACGGGUUCCGCAGAGUCACACCAUCGGGGGGGACCUUCACAAGGACGACGAUCGCGCCCUCAGCGAGGGUAUACGUACCCUCAUCAUUCGCAAGACUAUCAGUACAUGUCGAACGAUGGGCCGCACGAGCCGCCCGGCGCGUAUACAGACCAUCACGAGCCCUGGCAUCCCGAAUACUCUCAACCCUACGGAUACCCUCCGUAUGGUCGCCACGAGCCUCCCUAUGCUGGACCUACCUACGGAUCUAGACCACAAUAUCAUAAUCACCGAUCUCAUGGCUCUAUGCACACCCGCCAUGACUACAUCGCCUCACCAUAUCCCCAUGCUAAUGAGAGAGAUUAUCCCUACCACCCGGAGCGCCGUCCACCUCCCAGGGAUUCUCGUCGCGGGCCACCUCGAGACUAUUGGCAACGCUUUGAUAAUGUCCGCUCGGUCGCACCCGUAGUUGAACCGUGGAUGGAUGAUUUAGAUUGUUUGGACAUACCUGAUAACCGAGGCAAUCCAAGCCAUAUUGUUUGGAGGCCGCCGCAAGCUGUGGCACGCCCUUUGCCCUCCACUUGGACUGAUCGAGAUGACGCAAUGAUCCCACCACCUUUGUCUUCCUUACCGCGUGGUAUGUCAAUAUCAAAAUAUAUUCUAGACAAGAAGCCCGAUGAAUUUGGUUCCAAUAUCAGAGAAACCGAGGAUUGGCCAUUUAUGAUGGAUGACCCGAUUUUCCUCGAAAUACCGAUGAAUAGUGACCUUAUUUCGGUCAAAGAACUUAUUGAGAUCCGGAACAAAGUUUAUGAGACUCACCGAGUUGAGACGUCACCUAUACCCAUACCAGAAGUGAACAGUGAGGAAGGCGUAAGUGAGGAGGAAGUAAAUAUAGAAGAUGAUAUUGUGGACGCCAAUGAAGAGGAGAUUAAUGAAACAGACACGCACAGUGGUCAUUCUGAAGUCAAUGAUGAUGCGCCCAAGGCCUCUUCGCCUAUUUCCUCACCUCAACGGCAAGACGUACCUGUUUCGCCACAUGUUGACGGCACUAUUGAGCCAGAUGAUUACCAAGAAUCUCAUGAGAAAGAUAGCCAAACCGACCAGCUGGAACUCUAUUCCCACCAGAACCCGGCGGAGUGGGCAGGACCGCAAAAUCAAUACGACCGUGAUCAAGAUAUGCGCGGGGAUAACCGGUGGGCUAACAACGGCCAUUACUCUGGUUACCAGCGAAAUGUUUAUGAACGUCGGCCAAACAACUUCAGAGGCCAAUUUCGACGGCGCGGAGGUCGGCAGCAUCAUUUUUUACCCCCCCCUCCCCCCCCUCCAAAUGAGGAGCCUAUUGAGCCACAGCAAGAGUCGGUGGAAUAUAACAUCGGCACCCCGGAUGACUCUUUUAAUACUGUCGGUGAUAAUACCGGUGAAAAUUCUUACCAGCACAGAACUAUAAUAAACAACAAGCCGACACCUGCCAAUGAUUUCAAUGAAAAUUGGGAUGCUCAAACCCACCAUAAGCGAACCAAGCCCACGGAUUCCGCUGAUAGUGACGGUGACGAACCACGUCGGCAAAUUGACGACGUGACUCCAAGAAUAAAGCGACGCCAGCCCCAAGUUGCCGAAGCUUAUAGUCGUCGAUGGUAA